UUUACGGUACGAGUCCGUUACAUAACCAAGCCCCCCUUCUCUCUAAACCUAGAAGUAGGGGAAGCCCUUGCCCGUGAGCACGGCCUGCGUCACGAUGCCCGAGAACGCGAGCAUGGCCAGCCGGCCGUUCUCGAGCUCCUUGAGCUGCAUCUCCGGGUCGUUCGCGCCGCCGAUCUGGAGCGGGUCGAAGCCGAAGUCUCCCGGCUGGCGCCCCGAGCCGUCGAGCAUCUCCAAAAUCGCGAGGUAGCCGAUGCACUCGGCGACGGCGAUCCAGAUGCCGAUCUGCGUCAUCGCGCCCAUGUCCACCGCCAUGUCGUGCGCGUUGAUCGACGCCACGUUGUGCAUUUCCCCCGGGAGGCGGAACCCCAAGUCCGUCGCGACGAAGCCGACGACCGCGAGCAUGCAGACGCGGCCGUGCUUGAGCUCGCUCUCGCGGAGCCACUCGACGGGCACCCAAUCACUCAAACCGAGCGGGUCGAAGCCCUUGUCGCCGACCAUGCCCUUGAGCUUCUGCGGCCGCGGCAGGAAAGGCAUCGCGGGCGAGCGCCUGCGUUUUGGGAGGGGUUAGCGGCGCGCGCGUCGUGUGUGUUACGUGUGCCGCCUCUCUCGGUGGCACAGCGACGGCGUGCGGGCGGGCCCGCCGACCGCCGACCGCCGUUCUCCGACAUCGUGGAAGACGGCGGCCAGAGCCCGCUUUCCGCACGCUCCGCGUCCUUUGGAGCCUCAGUUAGGUGCGUCGGCAUCGUUUGGACGGCCCCAAGGCUUCGCGGGGCCAGCGCGCGCGCGCGCUUUGCGAACCGGCUGCUAAUGCUAAAUCGACGCUGUGGACGCACUCUACGCUGCUAACCUCCGCCGAAAGCUGCGUGGCGGGCCUGGCAGGCGCCACAGGCGCCAUUAAGGCGCUUGCACCCGCCGCGAGGGCCAGGCAGCGCAUCAUAUUGGCCAAAUUGCCUAUG